AUGCACAAAGAGAAUCAAUACAAGAUUCUCUUCCAUUGGUACCAUACACCAGAUGUGCUGAACCGCUUUUACCCACAGAAAGUGGCAUCUCGGAUCACCAACCUUCUCAAGGAAACAUCCCUAAAAAAGAUGGACUUCACAGGCCUCCAAACAUUUGCCGUUGCAGUAAUAGAGAAUGUAGAAACUUCACUACUGGAAUCUUUUUCUACAAACCCCAAGAAUGAAAAAAUAAGCACCCCUGAAAUUGAGGCUGAUAUGAAGGUUUCUUAUGACUAUUGCGGUAAAAGAUCUUCCAUUAUCCUAAGAGUCCAUGACAAUAAAAUGGAAGUACCGUGUUCACUUGUCAACUUCACAGGUGGUGGAGCCAUGUUCAUCGCAUACAAAGGUCUAAACUCCAGGUUAAAUGGAAGUAUUCUUGCAGCUUUUGGGGAAUCUGAUGAAACAGCAAAAGAUGAAGUGAUCUCCCCAGUGGUUUGUGGAGCGAUCACAAAUCCCAAUACAAAGAACCUGGAGGCUCCAGUGAUCUUUACAUUGAAAUAUCAAAAGGCUGUAAAAACCUUCCACACUUUACGAUGCGUAUUCUGGGACACACAACAUGAAGUUUGGUCUACCUAUGGAUGUACAACUCAGAAGUCAGAGCAAAAGGACAGUACCCGCUGUGUCUGCACACAUCUCUCCACCUUUGCUGUCCUCAUGGCACCCACUGAAAUCCAGGUGGACACUGGCUUAAGAGUGAUCUCUACCAUUGGCCUCAGUAUAUCUAUUGGCUGCUUGUUUCUCUCUUUUCUCACCUUCAUCCUCUGUCAGUCUCUGAGAAGCGCUCACACCUCCAUUCUAACAGUUCUGUGUGGAUGUCUCUUACUGGGCCAACUUCUUGUUUUGGUGGGACUUGAGCAAAUCUGGAAUAAGACCCUCUGCUCAGUGAUUGCCGGCAGCCUACAUUUCAUCUUCCUCUGUGCAUUCUGCUGGAUGUCUCUGGAAAGCAUCCUUCUCUUCUUGACUGUCCGAAACCUGCAAGCUGUAAAUUAUAUGAACUCUCAACGCUCUUAUUUCCCAUAUGUCUGUCUGACUGGGUUUGGAAUCCCUGUCAUCCUUAUGGUUAUUUCAGAUUCAGUAUAUCCAGAUCUCUACGGCGAGAAGACACAUUGCUGGCUCAAAGUUAGUCACAUCUGGAAUUUCCUUGGUCCGGUCUGCAUGUUUAUCUCUGUGAAUUUCAUUCUCUUGGUCCUCACAUUCUGGCUCCUCAAAAAGAAGUUGGCAUCUCUAAACUCUAAUGUCUCCACCCUAAAACAUACCCGCCUACUGACAUUCAAGGCCUUGUCCCAGCUCUUCAUACUUGGCUGUACAUGGAUUAUCGGCCUCUUUCAGUUCGGAUCUGGUUCCAUUUGAGUUGUGUCUUACAUCUUCACCAUCUGCAACAGUCUCCAAGGAGUGUACAUCUUCAUUGUACAUUGUCUGCUAAACAAACAGGUACAGAAAGAAUACAGCAUAUUAUUCCAGCGGUUUUAUUCUAUGUCAGAUAACGUGUCUGGUAGUACCACGCGCAGUCUAAAACCAUAUUAGUUGGUGUUAUAAAAGAACUGAGUUUGUAGAGGAGCAGAGCUGAGAAGCUUGAUCAGAUUAGGGAA